AUGCGUGACGAUUACCGCGCGCGAUCCCCCGACCGAGGGCGCCUUCGAAUCCUUCACAACCAAGGCGAGGCUUCCCCUCCAAGCAGGGACAGCCAGGACCAGCAGGACGACCAUUAUCGACCGCGUCAUGGCAAGGCUUCUACGACGACCAACGGGAGAGACCACCCCGUCGACAUUGCCAAGACAGUGGGAGCGAAAUGGAUUAUGACCGAUAUGACAGCUCAGAUGAUGGGCAUAGAAGACGUGGCCGGAGCCCGCAUCACCAUCAGCAUCAUCGUCCGCAUCGAUCCGGACGUGAUCGGGAUGACCGGGACCAUUCCUACCAAGACAUGUACGACGAGGGAUAUCGUGGCGAAACUGGUCGCCGCGGACGGGUCAUCCCGCAGCCCCCAGGGGGGCAGGCAUACAAGUCCGUCCUACAGCCGCACGCGAGAGGCAGGAAAGCCUACAGAUACCGUGAUACUCGAGGGUUUGCCGUACAGCAUCUCGACCGCCGACCUUCGCGAAGGCUUACUUGCCGAUUCAAUCGCUGCCGAGUUUCCCUCUUUCGAUCUGAGAUUGUCUUCCUCGCGAGGCAACAGACGAGCAUUUGUGCAGUUUGAUACUGUUGCUCAAGCCUCAGCUUUUGUCAAGGAGCACUUCCCAAAACUCCUUAUUGAGCUUCGGCAUUCGACUGAUGACGCACCAGACGGCAAGCUUGAAGCAUAUAUCCACUAUGCUCGCAACAGAGAUGAAGGCGAAGCUCGGCCUCCUCGCGCGGCUGACUGGGCAUGUCCUCAGUGCGAUUUCCUAAACUUUUCAUCAAGGACAAAAUGCAAGGUUUGCGGCGGUGCACAGGCAGCGCCUCCAAGCUGGGAACAGAGCCUGACAGGCGCUGCUGAUGUGGCCGACGGCGUCGACGCCGUGUCGCAGAUACUGGUGGUUUACCCGUUGCCCUCGUUCGUUACCGAGGACAUGCUGGCAAAGGAUCUCAAGCUGCUCGAGAAAUCAGAGGAACCCAAAUCGUCGGCAAACGGGCCCACCAAGCUCAAAUCGACCGCCCCGGGUGCCGACGCUUCUCGAUACGGAGCCAGGCCGAAUGCCCUGCACCGCGUGUUUCUCAUACGCGAGGUCAACUCGGGGGAGAGUUUCAAGUACGGCUUUGUCGAGUUCUGGACCUUGGAAGACGCCACCGCUGCGGUGACCAAGUUCCGCAUGUCACGCUCCUUUACCGUCGCAGGCUGUGCCGUCACCAUUGCGCCCACCCACAUGGGCGUGUUCCUUCCCGAGGAGCGCGCACCCACCGGCAAGAACGAGCACAUGUCAUUCCAUCCCCUCUUCAACCCGUCGCUCAGGGUGAGAUAUCGGGACCUGCACGUAUUCCCGAGCCAGCUUGUGGUGAACUCAGAACCUCCGGCCGAUGUCGCGCAGAUGGCGGCCAAGUCUGGUGCCGAGGAGCAGCAUGCGGACGGCAAGAAGCAGAAGAAGCGCAAGGCUGACGCCAGCUUGGCGACGGCCUCGGCAGCAAAGAAGCCGGUCGCCAUGGCUGGCCAGAUGGCAGUCUGGCAGCGAAAACACCACGAGCUGCGGGGCAACAACGAGGGCGACGACGACGCCAACGUCAGCAAACCCGAGUUUGUCCCAAAAUCCGACGCCAACAAGGCGCCGAUCAAGAUUUCGCUCUCCAUGUCGACCAAGCUCGGAACCGGAACCGGAACCCCCUGCGGGACUGCCAACCAAGCCCAGCCAGCGUCGUCUGACGGGACUCUUGCCAAAGAAGCCGCCGUCGCCGCCGAAGGCAACAUCACGACAGCUCCGGCAGGUGGCGCAGACAGUCAAUCCGAGGAGAGGUCCAACACGGGAGAGGAAACCUACAUGGACAAAGACAGACUCAUGUGUCUGAUCUGCAUGCGUAAAUACAAGUCGACAGACGAGGUCAGGAUCCACGAGCGGUCGCGCAACCACAAGACUGCCAUGGAAGACGAAGAAAAGGUCAAGGCGGCUCUCCCCCGAAUCGCAGCCCGAGACAAGAGACUUGAGAAGCAGCGAGCAGACGAGCCGCCGACGACACAGUCGACGCAGUACCGCGACAGAGCCAAGGAACGUCGCGACGUGUACAACCAGCCGGACAAGCCCGUCGUACAAGGCGGCAAAUCGAAGGGCGAGUCCAACAACAAGCCUGCCGAUCAAGACGCCGGCAAAGCAGGUGCGAAGCCAGCACCACCGUCCAGGGGCGCGGGCAUGUUGGCCAAGAUGGGCUGGACGUCGGGAUCGGGACUCGGGGCCAACGGCGACGGCCGCACCGAGGCCAUUGCCACGAACGCGUACCAGGAAGGCGUGGGGUUGGGCGCACAGGGGGGUAACUUGGGGGAUGCGGUUGAGCUGGCCGAGAAGAAGACGAGGAACAAGUACUCGGAUUAUCUGAACACGGUGCAGGACAAGGCGAGGGAGCGCUACAAUCAGAUGAGUUGA